UUUCUGCCAGCAAGCUCAUCAUUACCCGGCCAAUGUGAAAGUGUGUUGUGUUUCAGAUGUAACAGCAGUUGGUAGAAGAAGAAUCUGUUCCCAUGACUGCUUUUUUUUUGAGAAUGAUUUUGGCUGCUAACCAGCAACUGCCAAGCACAGGCUAUGCACGAUUCAUCCGGAGACACAUUGAGUUCAGCGUCUGGUGUAAGUGAAGCAGCCAAAGGUGUAGCAGCCCUUCCUGCUGCAGGCAUCCAGAACUCUUCCCUUUAGAAAACUGCUGCACCAUCUCCAUUGCUGCACUUCCAACAUCACUGCAACUACUCCGCUGUUCUUAAGGAGUCAUUCGAUUUUGCUUUUCUCUAAUGGGGGCUCAUUGAAGCUUGUAAUUGGAUCGUACUGAAGAUGUUUUCUAGGUAAAGUAUAGCACCACUACUACCCGACAGCUUCAAUAAUAUCCUCAAGCUGGAUUUAAUCAUCUACGGGUUCAUUCUGAAACAUCAUUUAACUUGGGGUGCUGCUGACUAUAGAAAAGAUUGAUAAACAUGUUUAUUCAUCUUCCUGGAUCACUGCAUGUUUAUCAGUCUUGCUGGAUCACUGCUCUUUGGUCAACACAGACACUGCAUGUGGUACCUUGUGAAAUGAACCCUCAGGAGACCAUUGGAUGGGCUGGAAAAGUUAUUUUCCUUUCUCACCCUCUGCAAAUCUUUUAGGCUUUAGACCACCUUAUCAAUUAAUGGGACAGGGCACCUACCACUCAGAACAAAUCAGAAAGGAGAAGAGGAAUGAUCAUGGUAUUACUCUCCAGGAAAGUUUACAACCUGACACCAAAGCUGAAAAAGCCAAUAGUACAAGGGAAAAGGAAAAGAAAAGGCCGCAGAAACCUGAGAGCAGUAAAGUAGGUGAGCGUGCAUCAAAGCUGCAGGGACCGAGAGCACCCACCAAGAACACCGAAAAAGCAAAUGCACCCGCAUCUACAAAGACCAAGCAAAAGAAAAUCUCUUCCACAUUAUCUGAUAAGAGGCCUGCUACAAAAAAGACAAUGCGUUCUGUUAAUGGAGGACCUUGGCACCCACCUUGUCCCAGCAAAGACUCAGAACGAGAAGUGGAAAUUCGGCUUCUGCAGGUGGAAUGUGAUGAGCUGAGAAAUAGGCUGGGAUGUUUAAAGGAAGGGUUAAUGGGCCAGAAACCAAGUGAUGUGGAGCAGUUACUCAGACAAUCCCAAAAGGAGUUGCUCUGGCUUCAGAGGCAGCUGUCAUUUAUCUCUAAUGGAGGUCCGGCGUGUAUCCUCUCCCCAAACAAGUUCAGAAAUGAGUUCCAGUGCCUGCCGCCAACGGUUCAACACAGAUCCUACAGCCACAUCCAAUUUUUAGAAGAAAAGUCACGCCCCUUUAAAUCUGAUGUUACUGCAGUGUCACCUGAAAAGUUGCACUGGAAUUUUCUGGAAGAUGAAUUAAAGGAUGUGGUGCAAGACAAGAGUCGCUUAAGCCUUCAAUAUGCCAGUCUAUCCCACAGGGCCCUGCUGUAUGACCAGGUGAAGUCAGACUAUGAGCAGCUCAGAGAAGCCCUUGUCAUAGUCACCAAAGAAAGAGAUUUGGCUGUGAAGGAGAAAUACCAGCUCCAAGCCAAACUGGAGAACUUAGAGCAGGUCCUAACGCAUAUGCGAGAGGCUGCUGAAAGGCGGCAACAGCUGGAAUUAGAGCAUGAGCAAGCCUUGGGUGUCCUCAAUGCAAAGCAACAGGAGAUUGAUCUCCUACAAAAGGCCCAGGUCGAAGCCAAAAUAGAACACGAGGAUGCAGUGCAGCUGCUAGAGAACACUUUGGACAGCAUGCAGGACAAGGUUCGGGACCUGGAAGCGAAAUGUCGGACGCAGAGUGAACAGUUCAAUCUCCUUUCCCAUGAGCUGGAGAAGUUUCGACAGCAAGCUGGCAAGAUUGACUUGUUGAGUGGCAACACAGGCAUAUUAGAUAUACCAGGCUCUCCCAAUAAAUUUCUUGCUCAGUUCAUGAAUGGAAUAGCAACUUCUUUUGUUAAAGGUAAUGAAAGCCCCACCGGCAGCAGGUCUGUGAUUUCGGAGUAUAUACGGCCACUGCAAAUAACAGGAGACAAGCCAGAACAGCUCUGCGUCAAACCAACUUUCCUUUCGAGAUCCAGGUCUGGCAGCCCAAGGCGCAGGUUUGAUUGCAAUAUGGAUAAGGAACAGAAUACGAAUACCUCAAAGCAAAGAUACUCUGGGAAAGUCCACCUCUGUAUCGCACGUUACAGUUAUAAUCCUUUUGAUGGACCGAAUGAAAACCCAGAAGCAGAACUACCCUUGGUGGCAGGGAAAUACCUCUAUGUGUAUGGAGACAUGGAUGAGGAUGGAUUUUAUGAAGGUGAGCUACUUGAUGGACAGAGAGGGUUGGUCCCUUCAAAUUUCGUGGACUUUGUACAAAAUGAUGAAUUCCAUAUGUCCAGCACAUUGGCCAGUGAACAGGAGGAAAAUAUGCUUAACCAUUCUGCUCCUCUACUUCAAUCAGAGCUGAAGUUGGAGAUAACCCCAUCCAUUCACAUGGAGUCUAGUGUGCUGAAUAAUGGCACAGGGACAACGAUGGAUGUUAACAUUGAUGAGAUUGGAGAAGACAUUGUGCCUUAUCCUCGGAAAAUAACCCUUAUUAAACAACUCGCCAAAAGUGUUAUUGUGGGCUGGGAGCCACCAUUAGUGCCACCAGGCUGGGGUACAAUACAUAGCUAUAAUGUGCUAGUUGGAAAUGAGAUCCGUGCAACACUAAAUUUUGGAAGUAGAACCAAAUUGCUCUUAGAGAAACUGGAUCUCGCCACAGUUACAUAUCGUUUAUCAAUCCAGACGAUCACAGACCGAGGGAACUCUGAUGAGCUGCAGUGUACUUUGUUAGUGGGGAAGGAUGUCAUCGUUGCCCCCUCUCAUCUUAAGGUUGACAACAUAACUCCAAUGUCUGCUGAACUUAUAUGGCUACCCAGCAACAGCAAUUACAGCCAUGUCAUUUUCCUUAAUGAUGAAGAAUAUGACAUUGUCAAGGCUGCUAGUUAUAGGUAUCACUUUUUCAACCUGAAACCCAAUAUGACCUAUAAGGUAAAACUACUAGCAAAACCCCACCAGAUGCCAUGGCAGCUUCCUUUGGAACAGAGGGAGAGGAAGGAGGUGUACACACAGUUUACUACCUUACCAUCAGGCCCUCCUGUCCCACCUGAAAAUGUUGCAGUGCAUCAGGGCCCCACACCAGUCACUGUACUAGUUACAUGGAAGCCACCUGUACUCUCUCCAACUGGAACCUCCAAUGGCGCACAUGUGACUGGAUUCUGUGUGUAUGCAAGAGAACAAAAGGUAGCUGAAGUGGUUUUUCCUGCAGCAGAGAACAUAGUAGUAGACCUACUCAAAUUACUCAACCUGGAUGCCAAGGAAAUUACAGUUAGAACCCUCUCAGCACAAGGAGAAUCUGAAGACUCCUUAAGUGCUUUCAUUCCAUCUGACUUACUGGUGCCUCCAACACAACACCCAAGGACUAUGCCCAAAUGUAAGCCAUUUGCAACUGCUGGAGUCCCAGAUACCAAAGAUGAUCAUGUGUGCCCACACAGGAAAGUGGACGAAUCUUGGGAACAUACUCGAACAGCAUCUCCUGUCCAUGGACAUACCUUAGAGCCUCCAAUGUCAAAUUUCCAUAGUCCAAUUCAUGGCAGGAGAUCCCAAUCUCCACAGAGGAUACUUCCACAACCACAAGGUGCACCCAUUUCUAACACAAUGGCCAAAGCGAUGGCGAGAGAAGCAGCACAAAGGGUUGCAGAAAGCACCAGGAAUGAAAAGAGAAGCCUGUUCAGUGAGCGGAGUAAUGCAGUGCAUUACGCUAAUUCUGAUGAGGAGGAGGAGGAUGGUUAUGACUCUCCACACAUCAAAAGAAAGGGGGCCUCUGUGGAUGAAUUUUUAAAGGGCUCUGAACUUGGGAAGCAGCCGCAUUAUUGCCCUGGGGAAGAUUAUCAAACAGAGAGCAGCAGAGGGUCCGAUUUAUCUGACAUUUUAGAGGAAGAUGAAGAAGAGCUGUACUCUGAAAUGCAACUGGAAGACGGGGGCAGAAGGCGAGUCAGCAUCACAUCACACAACACCCUCAAGUACUCUAAGACUAUCAUUAAAGACCCUGCUUUAAAGGAGCAGCUGGACUAUUCUCCACAACAUCAACACAGUAACAAACUGUUCAGUAUUCCUGAAGUAGCAGAAGAAGAAGGAGGAGGGGAGCAUCCUGAUUUCUUGCACAGACGUUGUUCCAUAGGUAUAAAUAAGACAAGAGGAACCUUAGCUAGUGUUAAUAGAAUACCAAGGGCUGGUAGCCGUGAUGGUCGCCAUCAGAGCCCAUGGCAUUUCUCAAAGACUAGGUUUAAUGGAACCCCACCAUAUUCAGAGGACGUCACACCAGAAGGGAGCAAACUUGGUUCUCUUUCAAGGAGCCCAGACAGUGGCUUGGAUUGUGGCAGUGAGGAAGAAGAGGCCCGUUGUAAUUACAGGAAAGCCUACAACACAGUUGCUAGAAAUACAACCCAGGAGACUCCUCAGAAUCCUUCAUGUCCUAGAGAGAAACAAAUGCUAACACGCAGAAAAACCUUAACCAGACAAAGCAUCGUGGAGGAGGAUUUUGGUGAUAUGAGUGCAGGCUUUGUAGAUAACAAGAGCAAUAUCAAGCAUCAGCCUGAGAUACAUGAACAGCAGCCAUGUAUCGGGGAUUUUAAUAGCAGAGACAUUUCUUCUCGGAAAACAGACUUUUAUCAGAAAGACCAUAGGGACGCAGUACAGAGGCCACCCCACAGAGACACAGAAAACUCUCUGCUUUUAGGUAAUCACCCAACAUUAAGUCGGACAGAUCACCAGUCACGAAGGUUCUCUCAUGGUGGUGCAGCUCCUCAAAGACCUCGACCAAUGAUGGUUCCUUCUAUUGAAAUUACAAUGGACAGUAACAGUGAAGGAGGUCGUUCUCGGUCAGGUAGUGAGGGAAAUAUUUCACCUGUUAAAGAAGAAGCUUAUUAUCGCAGCCUUGGAGGACACAGGAAGUGGUCUCUGCAACCUACCAGGGUCUCUGACGAUAGAUACGAUAGUUAUGGCAGCCGGGAACAGCUUUCAGUGUAUGAGGAGUCUGAGACUGAUGGUGGAAUGGAGGAUUUCCCUGCACGAUUAUUUGUGGCACUCUUUGACUAUGACCCGCGGACCAUGUCCCCUAAUCCAGAUGCUGCUGAAGAGGAACUCCCUUUUAAGGAAGGACAGAUCAUAAAGGUUUAUGGAGACAAAGAUGCUGAUGGUUUUUACUGUGGCGAGACCUGUGAAAGGGCUGGCUUUAUACCCUGUAAUAUGAUCUCUGAAAUACAAGUUGAUGAUGAAGACAUGAUGGAGCAACUUUUCAAACAAGGAUUUCUGCCUUUAAAUACUCCAGUAGAAAAAAUCGUCAACUGUGAACGUUUCAAAGAGAGCUCUCGCUCUGUACACCGCAGAUCCAGAAAGUCUAAGAGAGAGAGAAACAGGAGGAGCGGAAGGCAACACUCAGUGACUACUAGAAGAAUGGUUGCUUUAUAUGACUAUGAUCCAAGAGAAAGCUCACCUAAUGUUGAUGUGGAGACAGAGCUAACAUUUUGUACAGGAGAUAUUAUCAAUGUUUUUGGUGAAAUAGAUGAAGAUGGCUUUUACUAUGGUGAACUUAAUGGACAUAAAGGCCUUGUCCCAUCUAACUUUUUAGAAGAAGUGCCUGAUGAUGUUGAAGUUUACCUUUCUGAUACUCCAUCUAGAUACCCUCAAGAUACUCCUAUGCGAAGCAAGGUUAAAAGGGCCCCUUCUGAAAACACAGGAACACCUCGGAGAGCUCCAUCGCCAACAGUUCAUCUCCAUUCUAUGUCGUCUCCAUCCUCUAUGGGGUCAGGCAGCCCUAUGCGAGGCAGGGACCGGUCUUCAAAAAAGAAAAAGGGUCUACUAUCAAAAGGAAGGACAUUUCUUAAAAAACUUGGAGCAGUAAAGUGAGACGUUAUAAGAACUUUAUUUUGGUUUUCAUUUUGCAAGCCACGGCACAGCCUUGUUUAAAUGAGCAUUUGCUCUACUAUAAAUGUACAGCGAUACAGCCUUUUACACCACCAUAUGGCUGCUAACCUUAAUACAUGGCUCUCCAUGUAACACAUACCUUUAAUACCAAUUAUUGGUUGGUCUUGAAAAUCCUAGUUAAUAUAGCCUUGGUGUUUUGCCUUACUGACGCACAAUGAUUUAUUUUGUUAAAUAAAUGUACAAAGCGUUUCAUUUGUAUGUUGAGUGCAUCCAGUCAUUCUCAUUGUUAAAUAGCAAUUUAACAUUUCACUAGUUGAUUUUUUAAAACUCGAUUUAAAAAAAUCCAGAUACCCUGCUGUCCAGUAACGCAAAUGUUUAAAAAUCUCUUCUCAUGGUAACACGUGCAACCAGAAGUAUUAAAUCAGUGUUCAGCAGUCAUAGAUGAAGCCUUAUAUGUAGGUUAACAAAAGAGAAAACACAUGAAAUUAAAAGGCCACACUGUUUUUAGAUUGACAUCCUCUAAAAACUUCAGCAAACAUCAAUUUUAUCAUAUUAGUUCAUUUGUAAGUUGUUUUUACUCUUUAUACAUACUUUCCAGACUGCCUUUUUUGUAAGGUGAUGGUUUACAAUUAAAUAUCACCCCCCAUUGUGUCUUCAAAAUGUACAUAAGCUGUAAAAUAUGUCAGGAGUUAUGAAAUACAAAUGUAACUGGCCUAAAUGUGAUUAAAGUGUUGUGUGUGUGCGUGUGUGCAUGUGGAAAUUUGAUGUGGAAAUUAUUUUAUAUAUAAAUAAAAUUUGAUAUUUUC